AAGCGUGAGCUUCCCUCCUCUGCUUUCUUAUGAACCCAGGAUGAGCAGCAAAGAAGACCCCAGCAAAUGCUGUCCGGCGGCUGCUCCCAUCUCCAGUUUCACCAUCCAGUCCAUCCUGGGCAGCAGCAGCUCCGACCCGCCCCGGGAAGCCGGUGGCAGGGCGGCCGCCUGGCCCUCCCGCAGCCGGACCCUUUCCCUCUCCUCGGAAGACGAGGAGCCGGAGGAGAGCUGGAAACACCGCAGCUGCUUUUGCCCCGAGGCGCAGGGUCCCGCAGAGGCGUGCCACAAGCACCAGUCCCUCAGCUUCACCUGUAUCGGCAGCUCUAAGGGGAGCGGAACGGCGGGCAGCGGGGAUCGGGGAUCCUUCCUCUCUCCCCCCCAGCAGCAGGACUGUAAGGAGGAGAAGGAGAAGACGCUGGGACCUUCCUCGCCCUCCUGCGGGGACCAACAACGAGACGGCGGGGACCGGCAGGCCGGAGCCGCCAAGAAGAAGACGCGCACGGUGUUCAGCCGCAGCCAGGUCUAUCAGCUGGAGUCCACCUUCGACAUGAAGCGCUACCUGAGCAGCUCGGAGCGGGCCUGCCUGGCCUCCAGCCUGCAGCUCACCGAGACCCAGGUGAAGACCUGGUUCCAGAACCGCAGGAACAAGUGGAAACGGCAGCUCUCGGCCGAACUGGAGGCGGCCAACAUGGCCCACGCCUCGGCGCAGACUCUGGUGGGGAUGCCGCUGGUGUUCAGAGACAAUUCCCUCCUCCGAGUGCCGGUGCCCCGUUCCAUCGCGUUCCCCGCCCCUCUCUACUAUCCCGGCAGCAACCUCUCGGCCUUACCGCUCUACAAUCUCUACAACAAGAUCGACUAUUGAGCGUCCCCGCGCCGCGCUCCCCUUCCCCGCGGCCGUCCCGUCGGGGCAGGUACCGGGGCCGGUACCAGGAGCGGGGGCGCCGCGUGUUCUCUGAGCGGACUCUGCCCAUCUCUGCAGCGAGGACAGAGGAACGAAACUGACGGGAGGGACAGGCAAACGGAGAGCCCGGGGCACGGUGGGGAGCACCCCCCUCGCUUCCCUCCUGCUGUCCUGCCACUUGAAGCCAGAACAAAAGCUAAUAAUAAAAGAGAAGGAGCUAUUUCAGAUCUGUACAUAUUUUUAA